AUGGACCCUAUUUGGCAUAUUUUUCUUCUUAUUCUGGUCUUCCACAAGAUAAACCCAGCUGUUUCAUCUUGUGUCACAGGAUGCUCUUGCUCUCAAGACAGCUUUGGAAGGAGUUUGCUCUGCAUGUCUACACCAUUGAGGCAGAUCCCUGCAAACAUCCCUCAGGACAUCCGGAAAAUCAGGAUAGAAAAUUCUUACCUAACAGAAUUGCCUCGCGGGUCUUUUGAGAACGUUAGUGCCUUGGACUAUCUCUGGCUGAAUUUUAACAACAUCACAGUGAUGCACAUCAAGAGCCUGGAAUAUUUGCCAGCUCUGAAGGAGCUGCGCUUGCAAGGGAACAAAUUAAGCUCGGUGCCAUGGACAGCAUUUCAAGACACUCCGGCUCUGAAAAUCCUGGAUUUGAAGCACAACCGGCUGGAUGUCCUUCCAGAACACGCUCUCCGCUACCUGCCCAACCUGACCUAUUUAGAUCUAUCCUCAAAUCAGCUUACUGUUAUAUCCAGGGAUGUCUUCUACAGCUGGCCCGUCUACCAGAGAAGCCAGAGAGUAGAGGGGCAGGCAGAACUUAUUUCCAAUGCCGUCCUGGCUCUUCAUGACAACCCCUGGAUUUGUGACUGUCGCCUGCGGGGAUUUGUCCAGUUUAUCAAGUCAGUUGGCCCACCUAUUAUUUUGAUGAAUUCCUAUUUAACUUGCUCAAGCCCGAAAUUCAGGUCAGGGAAAUUUUUUCAUGAAGUGGAACUCAACAGCUGCAUGAAGCCCCUGACCUCAGCCCUUGACACCAACCUGACAGUCCCCGUGGGGCUGAAUGUCACCCUGACCUGCUUUGUGCAAGCCAACCCUUCCCCAGUUGUCUGGUGGACCUAUGCACUCAAACUUUUAAGGGCAUUUAAUGUGUCCACCGAGCCCAUCAGUGAGGAGACCGUUCGCUCAGAGCUGCUGAUCCCGGCGGCACGGCCAGCAGAUGCUGGCAACUACACCUGCACGGCUGCCAACUUCUUGGGCAACACUUCGGUGGCCAUCAGCCUGCGUGUGGGGGCCCCGUCGGCAUCUACCACCUAUCCGGGCUGGGCUCCCAUCGUCCCCGCUGAGCCGGGGGCCCACGUGGAAGUGCGCAUCGCUAAGCAGACAGUGUACGGCAUCACCCUGGAGUGGUUCGCGGCGGCGGCGGCGGCAGCGGAGCCGGGUGAGACCUGGUACACCCUCCUGCUGGGCCGCUACGAUGCUGCCCAGAAGGAUGCGAUCUACAUCGGCCCAGGCAUUAACACCUAUUCGGUGACCGACCUGCUGCCUGCCACCAAGUACGAGGUCUGCGUGGCCGUGCGCAACCAGGCGCCCCGCAAAGGCCAGUGCAUCGUCUUCGUCACGGGCAGCGACGUCAGCCAGAUGGAGCAGCGAGAGAAGCUCAUCCACAUCAUCGUCAUCGUUUGCGCCAUGGUGCUGGCAGUGCCCGCCGGCAUGUACGCCUGCACCGCCGAGGCCCGCCCUGGCUGCCUGACCCGCUGCCUGCGCGCCUGUCCCCGCCGCCGCCGCGGCGACCGGGCCCAGGCUGCCGGCAGCAAGGAGAGCACUCUGGACAGCCUGCCCGCCGGCAGCGAGGACGGGCUCUGCCGCAGCCCCCGCCGGCCCCCAGCCCGGGAGGAUCCGGGCAAGGCCCGGCAGCCCCCCAGGAACAGCGCUGAUCUCUAUUAG